AUGCCCAAGAAGACGACAAAGACCGCCUCCACUUCGCAAGCUCCCCCUGCUUGGCUCUUCUCGAACAAUUCAUCCUCAGACACGAAAGCUACAGCACAGCAAACGACGCAAUCCCAACCCGACACGAUGGCCAAGUCGAAGAAGGACGUUAAGGCUGAGCCGGUUGAGGCCGUCGCCACCGCUACGACGAGCGCUGCCCAGGAGCCCCCCAGCCAGCUCAUGAAUCUUGUCGAGGGCUUCCUUUCGGACCAGGGCUUCGACAAGGCGCACCGCGAGUUUCAGAAGCACCGGGCGAAGAAGGGUUGGAGUGGUGCUGAUGCCGCGGACAAUGGCGGCCACUCCCUCGUCAGUGUGUACCAGACCUGGGAGACCGUUUCGAGCAAGGAUACUACUCCCGUCGUGGCCAAGCAGGACGACGAAAGCAGCAGUAGCGAAAGCAGUGACAGCAGCGACUCCAGCAGCUCCGAUGAUGACAGCGACGAUAGCGACGACGUCUCCAUGGCCGAUGCUGGCGAGGACGACGACAGCGACUCGGACUCUUCCUCCAGCAGCAGCUCGUCUUCCUCGAGCUCCAGCGACAGUGACAGCGACAGCGAUGACGAGGCGCCCAAGAAGAAGUCUACAACUAGUGGCGCAAGCGCCAGCACUUCGGCGGCCGCAAACCCCCGAAAGCGCAAGGCCAGCAGCAGCGCCAGCUCUUCAGACUCGUCAGACUCUUCCGACUCCGAGUCGGAGGCUGAAAAGCCCAAGAACAAGAAGGCCAAGACCAAGGCUGCCGCCAAAGAAGACAGCUCUGAAUCCGACUCUGACUCUUCCUCGUCAUCGUCUUCCUCAUCCUCGUCUGACAGCAGCUCUGACUCUGAUUCCGACUCCGACUCUGAGUCCGAGUCCGCCAAGGUCGCCGAGACAGCUGCCAAGGUGCCGCUGCCAGAGUCUGACUCUGACUCGUCGUCGUCGUCCAGCGACUCGGACUCUGAAGACGACAAGAAGAAGUCGUCUGACAAGAAGAGCGCCAAAAAGGCUGUCGCGAGCGAGGGUUCUGACACCUCGGCCACGCUCGACAAGACCUCUCCAGCAUUCGAGGCCGCCCCUGCCAACCCGCCGCUGCCUCCCAACCCAGUCCUCAACAACCGCAAGGGCGAGAAGGGUGCCAAGAAGCAGAACGAGCCCUUCUCGCGCAUCAAGAAGGAUGUCUACGUCGAUCCGCGGCUUAGCUCCAACGCCUACGUGUCGCACGAGUACGGCGACCGUGCACACGCGGACCUGAUUGUCACCAAGGGCAAGGGCUUCACCAAGGAGAAGAACAAGAAGAAGCGCGGCGCAUACCGGGGUGGCGCACUUGACAUCAACAAGUCCAACAGCAUCAAGUUCGAGGAUUAG